CUUCCGGUGAAAUGUCAUUACAACUCCAAAACAUAACGAUCGAACAUAAGAGUUUUGUUCCACUGCCUGGUGGGAUCGCGAGAAAUAUUUUUCUCAAAAUGUGUUGUUAAUCGCGCUGCGGUUCCGUUAAUUAUUGCAGGACCGUUUUUCCUACGUGGAAACGUUUACCGACGAAGUGUUUGAAGCAAGCACCAAUCAUUAAUGUGCUCUUUAAUGUAAUACAAAAGUUGCAGAGUGUAAAUUGACAAUUAGUUCGUGGAUGGUGUGUUCGGGUGUUGUAUAAACCACGAUAUUCAAUCAAUUUGAACGUUCAAAUUAUGGCUUUAUACGUACUGUACGAGCAUGCUGCCGGCUAUGCCGUGUUUAGCGUCAAGGAGUUCGAGGAGAUUUCGAUGUUGUUGCCCCAGGUAGAGCAAUCGGUGACCGACUUAUCCCGUUUCAAUUCGAUCGUGAAACUAGUGGGAUUCUCUCCCUUCAAAACCGCUGUCGCUGCGUUGGAGAAUGUCAACGCCAUCUCGGAAGGGAUAGUUCCGGACGAUCUGUCGGUGUUCCUAGAUUCGGUUCUACCUAAAGCUUCUAAAUCCAACAAGUUCACUUUGGGGGUAGCAGAUGCCAAACUAGGUGCCGCUUUGGCCGAAGCACUGAAGAUUCAAUGCUCUCACAUUGGAGCCGUUCCGGAGAUUAUCCGUGGAAUUCGUCAUCAUUUCCCGAAGUUGGUCAAGGGAUUCUCAGAUAAAAGCGCCGGCGUUGCUCAGUUGGGUCUGGGUCAUAGCUACUCUCGAUGCAAGGUCAAGUUCAAUGUCCAUCGCUCGGACAAUAUGAUCAUCCAGUCGAUUGCACUGCUGGAUCAGUUGGACAAGGACAUCAACACAUUUUCAAUGAGGAUCCGCGAGUGGUAUUCUUACCACUUCCCAGAGCUGGUCAAAAUUGUUCCCGAUAAUUAUUUGUUUGCCAAAGUGGCCCAUUUCGUCAAGGAUCGCAAAUCACUGUCGCAGGAAAGUUUGGAAGGUCUCGAAGAGAUUGUAAUGGAUUCGGAAAAGGCACAGGCCAUCAUCGAUGCUUCAAAAAUGUCCAUGGGAAUGGAUAUUUCAGUUAUUGAUUUGCUGAACAUUGAAAUGUUUGCGAAGCGAGUGGUUAACUUAUCGGAAUACCGUCACCAGCUGUCGGAGUACCUACACUCGAAAAUGACCAACGUUGCUCCGAAUUUGCAGUCCCUCAUAGGAGACCAAGUGGGUGCUCGUCUUAUUUCCAAGGCCGGAAGCCUAACAAAUUUGGCUAAGUAUCCCGCAUCGACGGUGCAGAUUUUGGGAGCUGAAAAAGCUUUGUUCAGGGCACUAAAGACUAAGAGCAACACGCCCAAAUAUGGCCUACUGUUCAAUUCUUCGUUCAUCGGUCGAGCAAACGCCAAAAACAAGGGGCGCAUUUCGCGCUUCCUGGCCAACAAGUGCUCCAUCGCGUCCCGUAUCGAUUGCUUCACCGAGGCUCCCAACAGUGUGUUUGGCGAAGCGUUGAAGCAGCAGGUCGAGGAUCGUUUGAAGUUCUAUGAAUCCGGCGAAGCACCUCGCAAGAACGAAGAAGUAAUGAAGGAAGCGAUCGAAGUGUCUGCCCAGCUCAAUGCCAGCCAGAUGAGCGCCAAGAAGAAGAAAAAGAAGAAGGAUAAAAAGCGCAAACUGGAGGCAGAAGAAGAGGAUGCGAAUGGAAAUGCGGCCGACGAAACACUAAAUGAUACAGCUAACGGAAAUGGAACGUUGGUUGAAGAGGAUCCAGAAGCGACGGGCGAGCCCAAGAAGAAGAAAAAGAAGAAGAAGAGCAAGGUCGCCGAAGAAUAGUGUUCCGUGUAAAGGUAUGGUAUAAGUACAAUACCCUUUUCCUUCUAAGAUUUACUUUCUUUCUAUAUGUUAGUUAAAGAUGCAUCUAUUAUGUGCAUUGUUAUAAAAUAUAAGCUAUCGAUUUCUUGCUAAGAGAAUAGGUUUACUAAA